GCCAAAAGAUUGCAAUGCAUCAACUGUCGCGAAACUUGCGGUCUCGUAGCUGCCAUGCUGAAGGCGUGAAACGUCGGCCACACCGGCUGCGACGAAGCCAUACAACGACGUACGCCAGUCGCAAGUUUGCUCGAAUUCCGAGUCCGCAGGCCACAUAAUGCAGCGCGCACAAACGGCAUCGUCCUUUCGACAUCACGACCAUCACCAAGCGCCGUCGCCAUCCCCUCUCCAUCGCAGCCAAACAGCCAACGCCGCAACGCAAUCCCCCUCAAGCCACCACCGCCGUCCUCCCACGGCUCCCACCGCCCUGCACUACGCCCCCAUAAAGCCCAGCAGACACAACCUCGCCAGCCCCAAGUCCCUCACCCGACGACAACCCCCCACUCUGCUGCUGCCCCGCACCCGGGCGCGCAUCAAGCAGCACCUUCUCCCCAUCCUCCCCCUCAUCCGCAUCCGCAUCCGCAUCCGCAUCUCCAUUGAGCAGUUCGCCCGUAUUCGUGCGCGAAAUGCGCUCGCUCGUCUCGCGCUGCAGUUCCGCGUAGCGCGCCUCUGCAUUCUCCUUCUGCGCCUGCUUGCGCUUCUUGCGCUUCUUGAUGAGGUAUGCGAUGAGAAUGGUGGCCAUUGCUUGCCUUGCUUGCGUUUAGUCGCGCGGACGCGAGAAACGUGCGAGGCGGUCAGUGGGUGGGGGGGAGUCGAGAGCGUGAGAGGAGGGGUAAGAUGAGGACAGAAGAGGGAGGACGGGGGAGAAGUGGCAGCUGAUGACGGGCGUUACCUUACUGUAGUACCCGACUCGAUGGAGGUUAGAAGGAUUGCGCCUGAAUUAACCUUUUGGGACUACUUUUGGGCUGGAACUUGCCGCCAGUCUAGGCGCGACUGUGCAUAUACAUCAGCUGAGGUAUCUCUUUAGCGGGGAAAGUAGCUUUGCCGCUACUCCAAAAGUCGGACCGGACAUGAUGAUGCGGCUGAGAGGAGAAGGAUAGCGAUGUGGGCAACAAAAAGGGCGAGAAUGGAAUACGCUGCUCUGCUCGACCCAUCCAUGCAUCGCUCCUCCUAGCA